AUGAAAGAAUUACUAAUUUUUUUGAUUUUCGUACUUGUUUCAAGUUUGGAAGGUUCGAAAUGGCCAAGAAGAGUGAGUUUUUGGUUGGAAAACAAAAAAAAAUGAUGACAAAUAAAAGUAAAACUACGAGACUCCGCAAUGACGCGUGUUUUUUGGGCGGUCACUUCCUUUUUUCGCUUUUGGUUAUCGCUUAAACUUUUAAAUUCGUGUUGGUUUCUGGUUUUACAUCUUUAAUCCAAUUUUGCUCUUUUUCUUAUCAGAAAAAUUACUGAUAAUGAUGAAAAAUGCGAAAUUCUAGGAGAAAUUUGUUUUUUUUUUCAAUUUUCGAAAAGCUAGAAUUCAGGAAGAAUUUAAGAAAUGACUUUUUAUAAUGAAGAAUUAUAAUAAAGGCUUCAAAGUUUGAAAAACUGCAAAAAAAUGAAGAAAAACUGAAAAUUUACAGUUUUCUGCCUUCAACUUUGUUCAAAAUGCGUUUCAGAAAAAAAUUAACAGCUCUACUUUUUCAUCUCGACAAGACGAAUCAGAUGGUCUAGUCAAAAUGCUCUGAAACCGCCUUUAAAGCCCUGAAAUUGCGUGGAAAACUAAAAAAAUUCGAAAAAAAUAAAAUUGUGUUCUGCAAACACGCUGACGCACAAAUGCACACUUUUCCUGCCUACCGUAGUAAAAAUUGUUUUUUCUUUUUUUUAAUUUUUGAAACUAGACUUUUGGGCCUAGAUUUUGAUGAGUUAGCCUAACUUUUUUCAAAUUUCACAGAAUUUUUUAUCGAUUUUUUCAAUUUUUCCGCAAUCCCUCACCAAAAAACUCACCAAUCGCUUCUAUCACACAAAAAUCAUCGAAAUCCAAAAAUCCUCCAAGUUUUCCACGUUAUUAAUAGUGAAUUCCAAUUGCCCAUCAAUAUUUCGAGCUGAAAACUCAAAAUUUUCAAUCGAAGCAGUGUUUCUCUAGAGAAAACCCACCUUUCUUCGAUAAUUCUCGGAUUUUCCGUUGGUUUUUCAAUUUCAGCCUGAAAUCCACUGAUUUUUCCCGAAAACCUGAAAACCCAGAAAAAAAAAAACAAAAAAUGAGAAUAUUCUCGUGUUGCGCUAAACAGCGCGCAAGCGGAGUGUCGUUCACAGCAAAAAAAAAUUAUGGGGUGAUUCAGGUCGGAAAAAAAAACUUUAAAAAACUUUUUUUACAAAAAAAAUUCGAUUCAGCUAUAUUUUUCCUGUUUUUCGACAUUUUUUCACAUUUUCUGAAUCGAUUUUUUUUGUAAAAAAAACGUUUUUUUUUAAAGUUUUUUUUUUCGACCUGAAUCACCCCAUAAAAAAAUAAAAUUGUGUUCUGCAAACACGGUGACGCACAAAUGCACACUUUGCCUACCGUAGUAAAAAUAUUUUUAUUUUUUUUUUAUUUUUGAAAUGAGUAUUUUUCGAUGAAACGUGACCCAAAUUUAAAAAAAACCACGUGUUUUUACGAAAUGCUACAGUUCUAAAAUAGAACUUCUCUAAAACCUCUCCAAUUCCAGCGCUCUCUCAUCCACCCCAAAACUUUCGAUGACAUUCCCCCAAACGUCGAAGUCAAAUGGUACAAGGGCAUGCGAGUGGAUCAUUUCGCCUACGGCAACACCGACACCUUCAAUCUUCGCUUCAUGUGGAAUAACACAUUCUACAAGGCGGGCGGCCCGAUUUUCUUCUACACUGGAAAUGAGGGAAGUCUGGAGGGAUUUGUGACAGCAACCGGGAUUAUGUUUGAUAUUGCACAGCAAUUUAAUGCCAGUUUGAUUUUUGCUGAACAUCGAUAUUAUGGACAAACUCAACCGUAUAACACGUCAUCUUAUGCGGCAAGUGCGCUCUAGCGAACUAAUUAAAUUAAUUUAUUUUUAUAGAACCUCAAAAACCUGGGCUACCUCACCAGUGAACAAGCCCUGGCUGAUUAUGCCGAGCUCCUCAGCACACUCAAAACUCCAAACAAUCAAUUCAACUACACCUUCCCAUCCGACACCAAAGUCAUCUCUUUCGGUGGAAGUUACGGUGGAAUGUUGUCGGCAUGGUUCAGAAUGAAAUAUCCGCACAUUGUAACUGGGGCCUGGGCAGGCUCUGCGCCUUUAAUUUAUAUGCGAGGCGGUGGCAUUGAGCCAGGUGUAUUUGAUAAUAUCACAUCAAGAACAUAUGUGGAUAAUGGAUGCAAUCGAUUUAUUUUGGCGAAUGUUUGGAAUGCGGUGUUGAAUUUGUCGGCGACUGCAGAUGGACGGGCGUUUUUGAAUAAUAACACGGUGUUCACGUUGGACCCGAGAACGCCGAUUCGAAACGCGACUGAUGGAUGGAAUUUGAACGCGUUUAUGAGAGAAGCUAUCGAGUAUAUGGCGAUGGUUGAUUAUCCGUAUCCUACUUCGUUUUUGGAACCAUUGCCUGCGUGGCCGGUUAAGGUGGCGUGCAGUUUUAUGAAUUCCACGGGUUAGUGGGGGGGGUGUAGCUAUACAACAGAAAAAAUUUAAAUCCAAAGUUUUGGCGCCAUAAAAAUCCACGUAUCCUUAGGGUUUUCAAGAAAAAAAUUAUGAGGUAUCAAAAAAGCUAACCUGAGCAAUAUAAAAAUCUGGGGUUAGAACUAUUUAUUAUCGAAAAUCUCAUCGGUACCACGCGCUCCACACAUAUAAAAUAAAAUUAUUAACCUGAGCAAUCCAAAUUCUAGGCGUUUGAGGUAUCAAAAUAAAGCUCUUAACCUGAGCAAUCCAAAAAUGUAGGUUUGAGCUUUUGCUUAGGGAUUAUAAACGCCAAGCUCUUAAGCUCCUACAAAUGUAGGUACAGGAUUUGACUUAGGCUUGUGAGGAAUCAAAAUAAAGCUCUUAACCUGAGCAAUCCAAUUUAGGUUUUGAAAAUUUUGAUUUUUAAUUUUUAACAUGAGCAAUGCAAAAAUAGGCUUACGACCUAUCAAAUUAAAGCUCUUAACAUGAGCAAUCCAAAAUUUUUAAUAGAAAAAACUAAAAAAUUUUCCAGGAACCACAUUCACCGAUCAACAAUUAGUUACAAUGGUAGCCCAAGCAGCCAAUGUUUACUACAAUUACAACCAAGUCGCUAAUUACACAUGGUGUAUUGAUUAUUCAGUUUGUGGAGAUGAAGGAGUUGGUGGAUUGGGAAAUGAUGCAUUGGGUUGGCCAUGGCAAGAAUGUUCGGAAAUUGUGAUGGCAAUGUGUGCACACGGUGGAACUAAUGAUGUGUUUUGGGAGGAAUGUGGCACUGAUAUUUAUCAAUUGUUGCAGGAGCAAUGUGUGCAGAUUUUUGCAAAGUUUGUGUUUUUUUUUCUAUUUUUUUUUUCAAAUCAAAUAAUUUUUGAUCAAAUCAAAAAUUUCACUUUUUUUAAUUUUUUGCCACGUGGAUUUUACACGCAAAAAGUUGAAUUCGAAAUUUUUAGCCACGUGGAUUUCAGGGCUCGAAUUCUGGUCAUUCAAUUUUUGAUGUGAAAAAAUGCCACAUGAAUUUUAAGGCGCUAAAAUUUUUGAAUUUAAAUUUUUUCCACAUGGCGCCAGAUUUUUUGAUGAUAUUUCGAUCUACUAGGCAUCAACGUAUUAAAAUUCAAAAAUUUUGCAAAAAAAACAAUAUAAAAAUUUUGAAACGUAAUUUUUGCUGUUCUGAUAAUUGUCAAGAAGUUAAUACGUUAUAUUCGUAGAUAAGCUAUGACGUGGCAAAAUUCGAAAUUUUCCACGUGGAUUUUAAUUGCUUCUGAACUCCCUUAAAUUUUUUGUGAGAAAGUUUCCGCUUCUUCAGACUUGAAACUUUUUGGCUUAAAAUUAGAAUUAGAAUUAGGAAUCCCAAGUUAUAUCUCUAAACUAAAUUGAUACAAAAUAGGAAAAAUUGAAUGCAAAUAAAUUUAUUAUUCCAAAAAGUUAUCCCAGUUUGCUUAAAGUGGCCGACAAUAAGCAAUAUCCUCCGGGUUAUUUUUCAAACAGAAAAGACCAACUGGACAAUCAGUUUGACGAGUACAUUGUUGUUGAGCCAAAAUCAUAGCGAAGAAUAAUGUGGAGAAAACCAAGAGAGUUGACACAACUUUUGACAACAUUUUCAAAGAAAAAGUUGAUGAUUUUUGGAGAAGUUGGAGAUGCUCUUUUAUGUGAAUGUUUUUGAUUUGAUUAGCACAAAACUUGAUCAAAUUAUUUGGGAAAAUUGAUUUUUUGAUCUUUUUUUUUGCAAAAGUUCCUCGUUUGCACGAAAAAAAUCCCUGUAUUUUCAGCUUGAGUUGGACAUCUGCCAAUUGGGAUAUUGAUGCGGUCAAAAAAUUGUAUGGCUUCGAUUUGUCGGCUGCGAGCAACUUGAUUUUGACGUGAGUUUUUCAAAAAAAAAAUAUAUGAUCCGAAUGCCCAAAAUUUUGCAGCCAAGGCCACCUGGAUCCCUGGUCGGGAGGCGGUUAUUCCGCAUCCGCCACCAAUCCAUCGCGCGGAAUCUACAUCCUCGAAAUCCCCGGCUCCGCCCAUCAUCUCGAUCUUCGACAACCAAACACUUGUGAUCCAAACACAAUCACAAAUGCUCGCUUCCAAAUUAUCAACAUUAUUUCGUGUUGGCUUACAUCAUCGUGCCAGAAUACAAUGAGUCUUUAUAGUCUUCCGGAUAUUCAAAUUCCAACUGGAAUUGAAUGCAAAGAUGUUGUUCAAGGUUUUCCAUGGGGACAAUCGUAUCCGACAACUUCAGCUGGGAGUAUGAGUUUGAUGCUUGCUUUUGUGGUCGCACUUUUUUGGAAUUUUUAA